GCGCUCGACGAUAACUCGCCUCGCCUCGCCCCGCCUCGCCCCGUCUCAAUUCGCAAAAAAUGAGACGCGCGCGUUAUCCUUUCGUCGAAGCCUCGAACGAACUUUGACCAUUUCGUGCGACAGCUUAGAAAUAGUCGCGCGCGAGAGAGAGAGAGAGAGCGAGAGAGCGAGAAAAUAGAAAACAAACAAGAAUCGAGAAAAGUUCGAAAAGCACGCUAACCAGGUGAACAAAGUGAGAGAUAAUACGUCGUCGUCCGAGUCUCGCGUUCGUCGUAAACAAGGUUUACGGAGUAUCGUCCGAGCGUUGGACAAACCGAUGGCAAAAGCGGGCCAAGGUGUGAAAGACGCGAAUCGUAGUACGAGCGCGUAUCGUCGGAAAACAUUAGCGACGCGAUCGUGGUCGAGAGCGUGACACCUUCCUCGAGUCUCUCACAUUUCUUCCUCUUCUUCGAGUCGAGUCGAACCGAUCGCGACGGUCGCUCCCUACCACUUACGAUCGUUUACGAAGCUCCGAGAUCGAAAGGGAUCGAAAGAGAGAAAAAGGAAGAGGGAGAGAGAGAGAGAGAGUUUUAACGAAAAAAUGGAGAUGGAGGGUAAAGGUACGACGACGAGACCGUGCGAGGAAUUAACGAAAAGACGCGUCUCCAUAAGCGAGCAAGUCUUUGGCGUGGAUAAUCCCGCGUUCGAGCAUCAUCGUCGUAUAAGCUCCAGUUCCGAGCACAAUUCGGAUCAAGGUAGAAGGAAGUCGAUACUUCAUCAUACCGGCAGUAAUUACGACAGCGUCGAGAAUAUACCGCAGCACAACAAGUUCGAUCUCGCGGAGAAUGGGAGGGCGAACGGUAAUAGGAAAAAGUCGGCUUUCAGUCUGACCAGUUCCAUCAGGGAUAAGAUCGAGUACUCGGAAGAACUCGAGAGGUCGUGGUUGUACCUAUUUUGCGCCCGUUGUCAUGGACGCGACGACACGCCGUCGUGGGAGCCACCUGGAUGGAAAAGAGCCUGUCCCCAGCCGUUCUGUCCGAGCUAUCGAAAGUUUGCCAGAAUCCUCUGCCUCUUUCUACUCGGUCUGCUAGUUUGGGGCGUCGUCUACUCGAUAGCCGGGAAGGACGCAGCGCCCGGAGGUCCUCUCUUCGGCCUUGCCACUCUCUGCAUAGCCGCGCACUUCGGAGGAUGGCUCUUUUCCUUGACGACCCUUCCGGCUUUGAUCGGGAUGCUGAUCACGGGAAUGAUACUGAAAAACGCCGACCUCAUCAGCAUCGACGACCGUUACGCCGUCGUCGUCUCCAACUUGCGAAAAAUCGCACUGGUGAUCAUCCUAACCAGGGCAGGAUUGGAUCUCGAUCCAGUAGCAUUGAAGAGGCUGAAGAUCACCGUUCCAAAGUUGGGCCUGAUACCGUGGUUCGUCGAGGCUGGAAUGAUCGCAGUUUUGACGAGAUAUCUCAUAGGAUUACCAUGGAUCUGGGGUUUACUACUCGGAAGUAUAAUAGCGGCCGUAUCUCCAGCCGUCGUGGUACCUUGUCUCUUCAGAUUACGCGAGAGGGGCUACGGCGUCGCGAAGGGUAUUCCGACGCUGAUCAUAGCUGUAGCCGGAAUCGACGAUGCUGCGUCGGUCGCAAUAUACGGCAUCGUAAAGAGCGUCAUGUUCUCUCACGACGCUCUUUGGUAUCAGAUUCUUCAAGGACCCAUCGCUAUAGUCGGUGGUCUCGGCUUCGGUAUACUCUGGGGCUGUUUGGCGAAAUACGUUCCGGAAAAGGGUGACCCCUUCAUGGUGCCCCUAAGGGUAUUGAUGCUAUUAGGAGGUGGAAUGGUCGCGGUCUUUGGAAGCGAAGCGAUCGAGCUCGGAGGUGCUGGACCUCUUGCCGUAGUUGCCGCAGCCUUCGUCAGCUGUUACUUUUGGCAAAAGGACGGUUGGGAGGUGGACGACAAUCCCGUGGCAACGUCCUUCGAGAUCUUCUGGAUGAUAUUCGAGCCGAUUCUCUUCGGAAUCACCGGGACGCAGAUAACGAUCGCCGAGUUGAAGGGAAAAACCGUGUACCUCGGGAUAAGUUGUCUCAUAGCCGGCAUCGUUAUUCGGAUAAUCGUCACGAUAUUCGUAGGAAUCGGUAGCAAGCUCAAUACGAAGGAAAAAGUGUUUAUCUCUCUCUCGUGGAUGGCGAAAGCCACGGUGCAGGCGGCGUUAGGACCGGUCACUCUCGACGAGGUUAACCGCGAUAACGUCGAGCAGGUCGAAUACGCGAACACGGUCUUGACUCUUUGCGUUCUUUCCAUCUUAUUAACGGCACCGACCGGCGCGAUCAUCAUAUCGUUGUCCGGCCCGAAAUUAUUGACGAAGACGACGACCCCUAGUGCACCGCCGGACGCUUGGAAAACGAGAAGACCCUCGAUACGAGAUAUUUCGAUCAUCAACGAGGAUCCCGAUCUCGAAGAAACUGCGAGCGAAAGGAAACCUUGAUUUUCUUUCGACCUUUGCCUUUUUUUUUCUUCUACUGUAUAUUCUUCUUCUUACGUUUACUCGGUCUCUUUGUCGGACGAAUGCCUCGAGAGGGAAAUACGUGUCCUUGCCUCGUCCUUCGUUCAUUCGCGCGUCGUCAUUUUUUGUUUAGCCGUUAGGUUUAUCGUCUCGCCGCGUAAAAGGGAAGUACGUACCACGUACGACAUACAUACACACAUAUAUAUAUUUGUGUACAUCGUGCGUGCGUGCGUGCGUGCGAGAGACCGAGCGCAAGUAUCUCUACGCGUAUGUACGCGAGUUCGACCUUCCCGGAACAACUCCAUUUCGCAAGGUCAACGCGGAAGGAUGAUGGAAGAAGGGAAGAAGAAAGAAACAACUUAGUCUCUUACGUGCGUCCUUCUCCUCGAUGAAGGAGAUCGUAAUCCUUGACAACAGUCGUCCGAUACCGUUCUCCUCGCUCGGUCGUCCGAUAUCGCGGAUAAAAAGUUGCAAUUUUUCCUCGAAUUUUCGAGUGGUCAAAGGAUAAACCGUAUAUAAGAUAUACAAGCUCUUGUACCAUCGACGUUUCUUUCCAUUUACUUCCUGUCCGGUCGAAACAAGUUAUUUUCUCUUCGAGGAAAAGGACAAGGCGAGGGUUACGACGACGAUCGGAUUAAGAACGAAAAGAAAAUAGUUAUUUUGGCUGGUCGAACGCUAGCGAAAAAGAAGAUUUUAUAAGCUUAAGGAAAUAAGAGGACGAAACAAGGAUCAUACGUAUUUGCCUAUAUUUAAAGAUUCUGUACAUUUUCGAUUCGUACAGUACGAUUGGAUAGAUCUUCUUCGACGCGCUACGAUUACAUAGAUUCGCGAUCGCGCGUAGAUAUCUGUAUAUAUUUGUCGCUUACGUGCCUUAUCACCGAUUAUGCGAGAGCGCGAUGACGAAGAUGAGAGUUGAACGUAACGUAACGAUGAUCGAUCCGCGAUCCAUCGAGGAGGGUAUUUUAUAAACGUAAGCAACCAUUCGACGCUCUCGAAGUCAAGUAACGAUACGACUAAGGCGAUAUAAGACGUUUCUUCGCGAGAUAAGAUUUUCGAAUAUAUAUAUAUA